UGCUGCAGUGCCGCCGCCAGCCACCGUCUACCACCUGCGAGCUCGCUCAUCCGCCGCCGGCAAUCGGCAUGCCGCCUAAACGUGCAGGUCGGCGUCGCCUGCCGCAAAGCGAGCGCCCCUCAUCCACUUUACACGGUGAAUGGGUCGUAUCGCGCUCGCGCUCGCGCGUCCGUUCGUCAACUGAUGCUAGCUUGCUUGAUCCUUUGCAUUGGGCAGGCCACGCCGUCGCCGCGCGCGCCCCUGCUGGUUUCCGACGCCCGCAGAGGCGCUCCCGGAUGCGCCUGCUGCCCGCCUCAGGUCGCACACUUCUUCUCUGCCUACCCCUACCUUGCUAUGCCAUGCCAUGCCAUGCAAUGCACGUGGGGUGCUUGUAGAAAUGACCCAAACACGCGCCAAGUUCCAUCGUUCCAGCAAUGUGUAGCCAUUUUCUACUGCUGCCGCCUGCCACAGCGGCUGUCAUGCUCCUGCCACGCCGCUGCUGCCAUCAUCAGGCACAAGAUCUGGCCGCUCCGCCGGCUCCAAGCUCAUGACGCGGAUGACUGCUGCUCCACCGGGUGCUGAGAAGAUUAUUAGUGUGCCGCUUUCCUCUGUUGGGCUUUUCUUGUCCCACAUGGUGGAUUAAUCCUACUGGAAUCAUCCCUAACCAGCAUCCUGGAAAAUAGUUUACAGAGACAUGUGUGGUGUAUUGCGCAUCGCUUUCAUAUUCUUUACUAUUUCUCGCUAAAUUAAUCGCCACAGCCUGCACUUGCAUUCCAUGAUAAUACCGCCCUGCUUUGUUCUUUCCCAGCUAUUUCUACAUGCAUGAAUCCUGGUCCUUCACCACCCACCCGUACGCACUGCAUUACUGCAAACAAGGCUAGAGAGCAAACUAACUAGCAUGGCUGACUCGCUGCUUCUCCCUGUGGUGACCAGGGUGGCCGGCAAGGCCACCGACGAGCUCGUUCAGCGCGUUACCCGCAUGUGGGGCGUCGACGCCGACCGUGGCAAGCUGGAGCGGUUGCUGCUGGCGGUGCAGUGCAUGCUGCCUGACGCCGAGGUGAAGGGCGAGACCAGCCCUGUCAUCAGGAGGUGGAUGAAGGAACUUAAGGCUGUCGCCUAUCAGGCAGACGACGUCCUUGACGACUUACAGUAUGAGGCUCUGCGGCGUGAGGCCAAUGAGGGUGAGCCCACGGCCCGCAAGGUAUCGAGGUACUUGACCCUUCACAGCCCACUUCUGUUCCGUCUCACUGUGAGUAGGAAUCUGAGCAAGGUUCUUAAGAAAUUGGAUCAUAUUGUCCUGGAGAUGCACACUUUAGGUCUGCUGGAGCGCCCAGUGGCGCAACACAUUCUAUGUCAGCAAAAGCAGGUAGUACUGGAUGGGUCUGCUGAAAUCUUUGGCAGAGAUGAUGACAAGGAGGAGGUAGUAAAGUUGUUGCUUGACCAACAGCAUCAAGAUCAGAAGAAUGUGCAGGUGCUGCCCAUUAUUGGGAUGGGCGGUGUGGGCAAGACCACGCUAGCAAAGAUGGUGUACGAAGACCAUAGGAUUCAAAAGCACUUUGACUUGAAGAUAUGGCAUUGUGUGACUGAAAAGUUUGAAGCCACCUCUGUCGUGAGAUCAGUCACUGAAUUGGCUACAGGUGAAAGAUGUGAUCUGCCUGACGACAGCAAGUUCUGGAGAGCACGACUUCAAGGAGCCAUUGGCCGGAAAAGGUUCCUACUUAUCCUUGACAAUGUGCGGAAUGAAGAGCAGGGAAAGUGGGAGGACAAACUUAAACCAUUACUGUGCACAUCUAUUGGAGGAUCAGGAAGCAUGAUUGUUGUCACUAGUCAAAGCCAACAAGUGGCUGCUAUAAUGGGCACCCUUCCAACCAAGGAGCUAGCAUGCUUGACUGAAGAUUAUGCAUGGGAAUUAUUCUCAAAGAAAGCAUUUAGUAAAGGAGUACAAGAGCAACCAAAAUUGGUCACUAUUGGCAGACGCAUCGUCCACAUGUGCAAGGGACUACCUCUUGCUCUGAAUACAAUGGGUGGCUUGAUGAGUUCAAAACAAGAAGUCCAGGAUUGGGAGGCCAUUGCAGAAAGCUAUAACAGUGAUACCAGUAGAGGCACAGAUGAAGUAUCUUCCAUACUAAAACUGAGCUACAGAUACUUGCCAAAGGAAAUGAAGCAAUGUUUUGCGUUCUGUGCUGUUUUUCCAAAGGAUUAUGAGAUGGAGAAGGAUAAGUUGAUCCAACUAUGGAUGGCAAAUGGUUAUAUUCGUGAAGGGGGGAUGAUGGAUUUGGCACAGAAAAGUGAAUUUGUUUUCAGUGAGUUGGUUUGGAGGUCCUUUCUUCAAGAUGUGAAAGCGAAGAUAUUUUGUAACUCACUUCAUGAGACAAUAAUAUGUAAAAUGCAUGAUUUAAUGCAUGACCUGACAAAAGAUGUUUCAGAUGAAUGUACAUCUGCAGAAGAGUUGAUUCAAGGAAAAGCAUUGAUAAAAGAUAUAUAUCACAUGCAAGUGUCACGGCAUGAAUUGAAUGAAAUUAAUGGAUUACUGAAAGGCAGAUCACCUCUCCAUACUUUGUUGAUUCAAUCAGCGCACAAUCAUCUUAAGGAGUUAAAACUGAAGUCAGUAAGAUCAUUAUGUUGUGAAGGUCUUUCUGUUAUCCAUGGCCAGCUUAUAAAUACAGCACACUUGCGGUAUCUUGAUCUCUCUGGGUCAAAGAUUGUUAACUUGCCAAAUUCACUAUGUAUGUUGUACAACUUACAGUCGUUGUGGCUCAAUGGAUGCUCCAGGCUACAGUAUCUACCAGAUGGUAUGACAACUAUGAGGAAGAUCAGCUAUAUUCAUCUUUUGGAAUGUGAUAGUUUGGAACGGAUGCCACCAAAAUUUGGUCUACUGCAGAACCUUCGCACACUGACAACUUAUAUUGUGGACACUGGAGAUGACUUAGGAAUCGAGGAGCUCAAAGACCUGCGACAUCUUGGCAACAGAUUGGAACUGUUCAAUUUAAACAAAGUAAAGAGUGGGUCAAAGGUCAAUUUCCAUGAGAAGCAGAACCUUAGUGAAUUAUUGUUGUAUUGGGGCCGUGACCGAGAUUAUGAUCCAUUAGAUAAUGAGGAAUUUAAUAAAGAUGAAGAAGUACUGGAAUCUCUUGUUCCUCAUGGUGAACUCAAAGUUUUGAAGCUACAUGGGUAUGGUGGCUUGGCUCUGUCGCAAUGGAUGAGAGACCCUAAAAUGUUCCAUUGCCUUAGAGAACUCGUUAUUACUGAGUGCCCAAGAUGCAAGGAUUUACCGAUAGUAUGGCUGUCAUCUUCUCUUGAAGUUUUGAAUUUGUCCGGAAUGAUCAGCCUAACAACACUGUGUAAGAACAUCGAUGUGGCAGAGGCAGGAUGCAACACCUCUCAGCAAAUUUUCCCAAAGUUGAGGAGGAUGCAGUUACAAUAUUUGCCUGAGUUGGAGAGCUGGACAGAGAACAGUACAGGAGAGCCUAGUACCUCAGUGAUGUUUCCCAUGCUUGAAGAGCUAAGAAUCUACCAUUGCUAUAAACUUGUAAUUUUUCCGGAGAGCCCAGUUCUCACACUUCUAUCUUGUCGAGGUGACUCUGCACGUGGUCUUGUUCCUGUGAGCAUGCCCAUGGGCUCUUGGCCAUCUCUUGUCCACUUGGACAUUGGAUUGCUGGCCGAGGUGGUGAUGCCUCAAGAGGACCCUCAAAGCCAAAACCAAAGACCUCUAGACACCAUGCGGAGUUUGAAAAUUCUUGGUGAGGAUGGCUUCGUGUCAAUAUUUAACCUGUCCAAAUCUCAACUUGGGUUUCGGGACUGUUUGGCCUUUGUGGAAAAACUGGAGAUUGGAUCAUGCCCCAGUAUUGUUCACUGGCCAGUGGAGGAGCUCCGAUGCUUGCCUUGCCUUCGAUCUCUGGAUAUUUGGUACUGUAAGAACCUGGAGGGGAAGGGCUCGUCAUCUGAAGAAAUCCUUCUGCUGCCCCAGCUGGAAUGGUUAUUGAUACAGCAUUGUGAGAGCUUGAUGGAGAUUCCCAAGUUGCCCACAUCCCUUGAGGAAAUGGGGAUCCGCUGCUGCAACUGUUUGGUGGCUCUGCCUCCAAACCUUGGAAAUCUGGCCAAGCUCAGGCAUCUCUCCAUUGAGGACUGUGGUGAGAUGAAAGCACUACCUGAUGGGAUGGAUGGUCUCACUUCGCUUGAGAGCUUGAGUAUUGAAGAGUGUCCAGGGAUAGAGAAAUUUCCACAGGGUCUCCUCCAGCAGCUCCCAGCCCUCAAAUUCCUGGAGAUAAAGGCCUGCCCUGACCUGCAGAGACGUUGCAGACAAGGUGGGGAGUACUUUGACUUGAUUUCUUCUAUUUCAAAUAAAGACAUUCCAGCAGUAGAGUCCAACAUAAAGAAGUUUGUGAAGAAGCUCGUCCCCUUCUGCUGACACUUGACUGAGGUGUGUGCGUUCCUGCAUCACCACAAUUCCAUUAUCUUGUAAUUAUCCAUCCUUUCGUGUUUUAGAUAUAUGUACAGUAUAGUAGAACUCAAUUUUUGUGUAUCCGAAUGCAUAUUCACUCUCUUAUCUUUUUUAUUGUAUCAGUAUGUUAGAGUGAGAUUUAAGUUCGGUUUGAUGAGAGUUGGUCGACACAUUGCCCCCACUUCAAGUUCAAGGUUCUUUAAUAGGAUUGCUACCUAAGCUUUAUUUUGCAUGCAAGACUCUAUCUUUUUAUCAGGAAAAUCAAAAUGAGCAAAUUGUUAUCAUUCUGUUAUGGGCGGACAAAACUGGAUUUUGACUUGCUGAUAAACAUAAACACAGUGCAAAGCAAUGUUGGAUAGUUGAUUGGUUGUGCUACUUGUGCAUAUAACAAGUCUCCUGUGGAAGGAGAAGACUGAGGAGAAGAAAAUGCCUUAUCUUUAGUAUACACAAUACAUUGUCAUAGCUGUGUCAUUGCUCUGUUUGUCAAAAGCAAGAGGCAUCAAGUAUGCAAUGCAACACACAUCGGAAUGGUGACAUGACAGUACAAAACUUGGAGAGGAGCACGUCCUGAUCAUCAGUGAAAGCAUAUAGUAUGCCAGCUAAUAGUUGCUUAAUCAAGGCACCAGAAAAUGAGCACUAUACAGCAUGAGUGCAUGACAGCCUCUAUAAUCAUCCAUGCUGGAUCCAUCCAGAUGCCCUGGGGCUGGAUUCUUUGGAAGCUAAUGACAAUGUGACACUUGGGAAGAGAGUUCAGAAAAUAGUUAUUGGGAAUUUUGUCUUUAACACUGUAUUUAUGGAAUGUGACAGAAGAUGGGAAGAGUAGGUUCUACUUAACUCCUAAUUCCAUAUAUAAUGUUGUUUUAGAAAAGUAAUAUGCUAUGAAAGAAGAAAAGGGUCUAGGUAGGGCCACCAAGGCUAGACAAGCAGGAGAGACAAAAGAAAAAGACAUUAUGCUGCUUAUAGGGCAAGAGGAAAGCAACACAAUGCUUGUUAACCCAUUGAAUUGGUCAAUCAUUUUGAACUUGGUUGCAUCGAUCAAUCCGUUUUCACCGAUAAUUUACUAUACCCUUUCUUCAGUUAAUGCCAGCAAGCCUUGGAAUUGCCGGAAAAUUUGGCAUCUUUUGAGUAGUAUUCAUGUAGCCUUUGCCAGUCUCCAAACCUUUGAUCCUCUCAUUUGUUGUAGCAAGCAUAGGU